CGCUCCUUCCGGCCGCCAUUUUAGGUUGGGUCGGUGGCGGCGCCAUUAAAAACAGGGAGCAAGAGGAGGAGGGAUCGGCGGGAUCGGCGCUCUCGGCCGGGGCCGCCAGCGGGGCCGGGGCCUCGGCGGGGAGGCGGCGGCACCGGGGUGGCCGGUGCGGGGCGGCGGCGGCGCCAUGUCGGAUCAGCAGUUCGCUCUGGACUCAGCGGCGGUAGCGGCUGGCGCCGGGGGCAGCGCGGCGGAGCCGGCGGAGCAGCCUGAGGGGCAGGCGGGGGCGGGGAGCACCGAUGGGGGAGGCGGCGGCGGCGGCGGAAUCGAGUCGGAGGGAGCCAAGAUCGAUGCCAGCAAGAAUGAGGAGGACGAGGGGAAAAUGUUCAUUGGGGGCCUUAGCUGGGACACAACGAAGAAGGAUCUGAAGGACUACUUCUCUAAGUUUGGUGAAGUUGUGGACUGCACUCUGAAGUUGGACCCCAUCACUGGGAGAUCAAGAGGCUUCGGCUUUGUACUCUUCAAAGAAUCGGAGAGCGUGGAUAAGGUCAUGGACCAGAAAGAACACAAGCUGAAUGGAAAGGUCAUUGAUCCAAAAAGAGCUAAAGCCAUGAAAACAAAAGAACCCGUUAAAAAGAUUUUCGUUGGGGGUUUAUCUCCAGACACACCUGAGGAGAAAAUACGGGAAUAUUUUGGAGGUUUUGGUGAGGUCGAAUCCAUAGAGCUCCCCAUGGACAACAAAACUAACAAGAGGCGUGGAUUUUGCUUCAUUACUUUCAAGGAAGAGGAACCAGUGAAGAAAAUAAUGGAAAAGAAAUACCACAACGUUGGUCUUAGUAAAAUCAGCAGAGUGGUUAUGGGAAAGUAUCUCGGCGAGGUGGUCAUCAAAAUAGCUACAAACCAUACUAAAUUAUUCCAUUUGCAACUUAACCCCAAACAGCGGGAACUUCCUUGCAGGCCCUGUGUCGCGCUGACUUCACGAUUCUCACAGGCCCGCUCAAUGCGGACAGGGUACGAGAUGCUCACGCUCUCGAAUGCUGCCGUUUGGUGGAGACGCAGUAUUUUCUCAUUUGAAGAUUCAUUUGAGGUGGCACAUGCUACCUGCUAAUAGCAGUUGAAACUAAUUUUUGUAUCAAGUCCAUGAAUUGGAAGUGAGACGUUGGGUCCCUCUGAAGUUUAAUUGAGUUUUCAUUAAGACAAAAUUGCUUUCAUGGUCUUAUUUCUUAAUUGCUAUGCUUAAGAAUCAAUUUGUUUUAUGCCCCUUUCUUAGUAUUGUAGCUCAAGUCUUGUGUUCCAAAGCCCAGUGUGACAGUGUCAUGAUGUAGUAGUGUCUUACUGGUUUUUUAAUAAAUCUUUUUGUAUAACUGUG